CGCUAGGGGACGCUAAGCCGGAAAAGGAAACGCCUUUUAAGACAACUUCCGAGAGUGGCGCCAUGGGUUCCAGGGAGGAGGUGCUCGCUUUGCGGGCUGAAGUUGCCCGGCGUGAGGAAGAGCUAAGUUCUCUGAAGCAGAGGCUGGCGGCGGCUCUUUUGGCGGAGCAGGAGCCGGAGGGGCUGGUUCCGGUGUCGCCCCUGCCGCCGAAGGCCGCCCUGACUCGAGAUGAGAUUUUGCGUUAUAGCCGGCAGCUAGUGCUGCCUGAGCUGGGCGUGCACGGACAGCUGCGCUUGGCCACCGCGUCCGUGCUAAUCGUGGGCUGCGGUGGGCUCGGCUGCCCGCUGGCGCAGUACCUGGCGGCGGCCGGCGUGGGCCGCCUCGGCCUUGUGGACUACGACGUAGUGGAAGUGAGCAAUUUGGCCCGCCAGGUGCUGCAUGGCGAGGCGUUGGCGGGGCAAGCCAAGGUCUUCUCGGCCGCCGCCUCGCUGCGCCGCCUCAAUUCUGCGGUGGAAUGCGUGCCCUACGCUCAGGCGCUUACGGCAGCCACCGCGCUGGACUUAAUCCGCCGCUAUGACGUGGUGGCCGACUGUUCUGACAACGUGCCCACUCGCUACCUGGUUAAUGACGCUUGUGUGCUAGCCGGCCGACCUCUCGUGUCGGCCAGCGCCCUGCGCUUUGAGGGCCAAAUCACAGUGUACCACUAUGACGGCGGGCCUUGCUAUCGCUGCAUAUUCCCCCAACCACCUCCAGCGGAGACGGUGACCAACUGCGCGGAUGGCGGGGUGCUCGGUGUCGUAACCGGGGUCCUGGGCUGUUUGCAGGCGUUGGAAGUGUUGAAGAUCGUAGCAGGUCUGGGUCCGUCUUACUGUCGCAGCUUGUUGAUCUUUGAUGCCCUCAGAGGACAGUUUCGUUGUAUUCGGCUUCGGAGCCGCAGGCCUGAUUGUGCAGCUUGCGGCGAGCGGCCCACUGUGACAGACCUGCAGGACUACGAAGCCUUCUGUGGCUCCUCAGCCACUGAGAAGUGCCGCUCUCUGCACUUGCUGAGCCCAGAGGAGCGAGUUUCGGUCACCGACUAUAAGCGUCUUCUGGAUUCAGGCUCCCCCCAUCUGUUGCUGGACGUCAGGCCUCAAGUGGAGGUGGACAUCUGUCGUUUGCCUCAUGCCUUACACAUCCCUUUGAAACAUUUGGAACGGAGGGAUGCAGAGAGCUUAGAACUCCUAGGAGAAGCAAUCCGGGAAGGGAAGCAGGGCACACAGGAAGGGGCGGCUUUCCCAGUUUAUGUGAUUUGCAAACUGGGCAAUGACUCCCAGAAAGCCGUGAAGGUCCUGCAGUCCUUGACGGCGGUUCAGGAAUUAGAAUCUUCAACCAUUCAGGAUGUUGUUGGGGGUCUCAUGGCCUGGGCUGCCAAAAUCGAUGGAACAUUUCCGCAGUACUGAGGUGGAUGGGAGAUCCUGACCUGAGGCAGAUGUGGACUGCCAUGUUACCCAAAAGAUACAUUUAUUUGAGUUUUUUCUAGGAAUGUAUGGGAGAGAUGGGGAUUGUCCAAAAACUGAGUACAUUGGACCCCUUUUUGUAAGGGGCUUUUUUGUUAUAAUGCAUUGGAUGCUCUUCUUAUUAACGGGUUGUAAUACUGUUUCUGAGAACUGUCUUGUGUUUCCAGCACUUGGAAGAUGCCUUGAACAUGUGAAUUACAGUGUUAAGUGACAGGAUUCUGUGUUUUGACUGAUCAUUUCUCUGUUCUGCUUUUUUCCCACCUCCCCCAAUCAAAAAAUACUUUAAAUUGUCAUUUUAAUGCUUGGAAAGCUGUAGUAAACUUAGUCUCCCUGAAUUGAUCACAGAUGAUAUACUUGAGGUCAGUAUAUUGUUUGCCAAGACAUUGUUUGGGUCUUCAAUUUCAAAUGAUAGACUAUGUUCCACAGAAAUGUUUAAAAUGUAAGUUAUUUUAAUUAUCUGGGAAAGGGUCAUUCUAUUAAAUAUUUGAAUUAAUAGCAAAGUGAGAUAUUUAGUAAGAUAAAGGAAACCACCUUUGUAGUCUCAGUUUCUCUUAUAAAUUGCCGAUUUAAAAAAUUCUUACAGUUUUGUACACACUGUGUACCGUGGUUUGGCUUGCUUUGGAAUCUUCAAGCCCAGGUCCCAAACUUCUGCCCUCUCCUGCCCUUUAUUCCUUACCCAAUCUGUUAUUUUUUUUUUUUUUCUUGCUUUACUGGCCAAGUACACCAAAUACAGUAUUGAAUUAAAGUGGCAUAGUGAGCAUUGUUAUUUCCUUCACAAUCUCAGGUGAAAAACUGACUAUUUGACCAAUAUGACUUGUUGUUGCUUUACUGUAGCUAUUGCCUUUUAUCAGAUUAAAGAAAAUUUCCUUCCUUUUAUA